UUAACCACCACCGGCAAAACACCCACAAAAAAGGCGAGCACGCAUAAAGAAAGAUCAAAAACCUUCCCCCAUCCCUUCCAAAAUCCCCAAACCAACCAACAAAAACAAAAUUAUACUCCUUACGAAAUUAUUCCCAAAUUUUCGCUGCCAAAAAAACAAAUAUUGAUUUUUUGAUUUUUUUUAAAGGUUUCAGCUUUAAGCAAAGAGAUCAAGCGACUGAGAGUGGUGUGGUGAGACAGAACCAACCACGAUCUGUGUGGUUUUUCUUUUGUCCUUUUUUUCUUUCUUUUUUUGUUCUCCAAUCUCACCCUCCAAAAAAAAAAAACAUAAUUUGCUUCCUGACACUCCCAUUUGAUCGGAGCUCGACAUUGCUGAAUUCUGUUUCGCCGCGAGGAAGAAAGAUAGAUUAGGGUUUUAAAUUAUAUAUGGAGCGGUACGGUCGCGCCGGCGAAGAUGGCUCGCGCUCGGAUCCAUCACUUGAGUGGACCGCUCCAGGAGGCGAAACCGGUAUCGAAGCUUCGAUGUGGCGGUUAGGGUUGCGUGGCGGUGGAGGUGGAGGUGAAUCGUACCCGGAGCGACCCGAUGAGCCGGAUUGUAUCUACUACUUACGAACCGGUGUUUGCGGGUACGGGUCGAGAUGUCGGUUCAAUCACCCACGAAACCGUGCACCGGUUUUGGGAGGUCUCAGAACAGAUGCUGGAGAGUUCCCUGAGAGAAUGGGACAACCCGUCUGUCAGCAUUUUAUGCGAACGGGAACAUGUAAAUUUGGUGCUUCUUGCAAGUAUCACCAUCCUCGACAAGGAGGAGGAGGAGUGGAUUCUGUUACUCCUGUCUCACUAAAUUACAUGGGAUUUCCAUUACGCCCGGGUGAGAAAGAAUGCUCCUAUUACAUGAGAACCGGUCAGUGUAAAUUCGGUUCAACCUGUCGGUUUCACCAUCCGGUUCCUCCUAGUGUACAAGCUCCAUCACAGCCUCAGCAGCAGCAACAGCAGUUAUCCUCUACUCCAGCUAUCUAUCCGUCGCUUCAGUCUCAGUCCGUUCCUUCAUCGCAGCAGUACGGAGUAGUGAUACCAAGGCCUCAGUUUUUACCAGGCUCAUAUGUUCAAAGCCCUUACGGUUACAGCCAAAUGGUUCUCCCUCCCGGUAUGGUUCCAUACUCAGGCUGGAACCCUUACCAGGCUUCUGUAAGUGCAAUACCUUCGCCUGGGACUCAACCGUCUAUUGGAUCAAGCUCUGUUUAUGGAAUCACGCCGUUGUCUCCUUCAGCGCCUGCUUAUCAGUCCGGUCUUUUAAACAAGGAACAUUCUUUUCCUCAGCGACCUGGACAACCCGAUUGUCAGUACUUUAUGAGAACCGGAGAUUGUAAAUUCGGAACCUCUUGCAGAUACCAUCAUCCUCUGGAAGCAGCAUCGCCAAAGGGAGUUACUCUCAGUCAUAUUGGCCUACCACUUCGUCCUGGCACAGCGCAAUGUAGCCACUUUGCGCAACAUGGGAUAUGCAAGUUUGGGCCUGCCUGCAAAUUUGACCACUCCAUGAACUCUUCGUUACUAAGCUACAGCCCGUCCGCUUCUUCCCUCAUUGACAUGCCUGUUGCGCCUUAUCCUCUUGGCUCCUCAUCGUUCGGCACAUUAGCUCCAUCGUCGUCAUCCUUGUCUGACCAACGCACAGAGCUUCUCUCUUCAAGCUCCAUUAAACCCAGUUCCACAGCAAGUGGUGUCUUAGAAACUGUGGCUACUGGAGUUUCUUCUUCUAUGACCGGUAGUGUGAGCCAUCCCGAGCCUGCUGAGACCAAAAAUGGUGACUCGGCUAGUAUUGAGGCUAAGACUUCAAGUUAAAAGGAGACAAAACUCAAAGGAGAGAAGAGAAUGUCUCUCUAUUCUUCUUCCAUUAUUAUCUCUCUCUUCUCUCUAUCUCUUCUUUUCAUCAAACUUUCAUGAACUCAGGAACAUAUAAAAAAAAACGGAAUUUUUUGGGUGGAGACAACAACAAGAAGGAAAAGCAGAGAGAGACGAACAGUUCUCUGUGUUAUGUCUCUCCUCUUUAGGUCUCUCUUUACCAUGUUCAUAUUAUUCCUUCAUACGGCCAUCUCUUUCCUUAUCCUUUGUUUUUGUUUACUUUUCGAAACGAUGAUUAAUAAAUGGCCUUAUUAUUCACGAAAAUCCUCUGAUUCCUGAAAGGUGAAAAUCCCCUGUUUAUUUUAAAAAGUUGAUGGAAUAUCGAAAUGAAGAAUCCAG